UCUCAGAGGACGUUCAGCUCCGGACGUGCGGGCUUAAUUUAUAGGAAGGAUACCGUUAUAGGACGGAGAAUGUUUUUCACACCGACAACAUUUCAGAUACGGUAUUUUUAAUCAUUUGUACUAUAAUGUAAUGAAUACCAGAGAACUCGUGUUUUCUGACUUUGGCCUCGUCCUUUAUUUUGUCCUCUGAUCGGACUGACGUUUUUUCCCUGCUGUUUAUAACAUACAGCCAAGAAUAACACAGAAUGUGGUACAGGAGUGAUUUAGAAGACGGAUACGAGUCUACUAAAACAGGCUCCAGUGGCGGUGGAUCUCCAGGAUGGGUUCCUGGCCAUGAAUCAGCCUGGCACAGUAACCCUCCUGGUCCUGGGAACAGUAUCUGUGGUGGGCGCAGACACAGCACGGUGUCUGACAGUGGGGACACUGGCAUUGGCACAUACUGCUCUGACAGCGUGGAAGACGACUCCAGUUCCAGUACCACGCCUCUGUCCUUCCAGCCGCUGUCCCAGCAUCACUUGGGCCAGGAUGAUAGCGCCGUCCCUUUUGUCCACGUCAUGCUGUCCCCGUCCUCCUCACCCUACACCAGUUUUAGAGUUCCAGCCUCACCCAGCAGCUCAGGUCGUUGGAGCAGGUCUUGCCAGCUGCUUACACCAGCCAUAUCUCCCCUGGGUGCACCAAGCUGUCUGGACAUGAAGGACCACCAGCCCAUCAGGAGAUGGUCCUCCCUCACCAAGUUGUCAUCUGGGGCUGAUAAAAGCUCCACUAGGACAUCAUGUGAUCAGUACAAUGCAGAUUCACACGGCUCCCUGGACAGAAAUCUGCUCUAUGGGUAUAGAAAAGAGCCUGCUCGGUCAAACGUGGACCUUUAUCUGCCUUUAUCCUCUUCCAUGCUCUGCCACAGCCUGCUGCAGCGCUCACCAGGAGCUGGCCCCUGCUACCGGUACAACCACAGCAGUAGAUCCAGCGGUUUGGACACAGACCUGUCCCUUUCCUCAGCUCUGUCGUCUUCAGUCAAGCACAGCAGUUUGGACAUGAACUACAGUGCUUUACCAGAAGCUAAACUGUCUCGGGGAGGUACACAGGUUUAUGGCCUCACCUUACCCAAACAAGCAGACUCUCCACUGGGUCAUCAGACUGACAGAGGCUCCCCGAUUCAGCCCUCAGUCCGCACCCAGAUGUGGCUGACUGAGCAGAUGGAGUACAGACCCAAAGGAGAGAGUGUAGGAGGUCAGAUCAGUACUGCUGGGACAGAGGCCUGCGGCGGAGAUGGACCGUUAUCAUGUCAGCAGGGACAUCAGCAGGAACCAGGGCUUAGUCAGAUGCUGAUGGGGAGCUCCCUUCCAGUCAACACUCUGGUGAAGGUUAAAGAGGGGCUGUUGAGACAGAGAGAGCUGGAGAUAGAGAGACAGAAGCAGCAGAUCUUGCAGCUCCACGCUCGGAUCAGAGAGAAUGAGCUCAGAGCUCAGCAGGUCCUGCAGAGCCAGAGAGGAUGGUUCGAUGAGCCACACAUCCCAAGUACUAAGUUUUUCCAACAGGAAUCAGUGAUGAGAACGCCAUGCAAACAGCCGUCUGACAGGCUGUGCUGUGAUGAAGAUCUUGGUAGGAAGCUGGCAGUGGCUGAACUGGAAGUUCUUCAUUUGAAUGAGUUCUUCAAGCAAGCCACACAAAAAUACACAGAGGACAUCAGGAAACUGGAGGAGAAGAUAAAGACGAGGGAUCGUUACAUCAGCAGUCUGAAGAAGAAGUGUCAGAGGGAGAGCCAACAGAACCAAGAAAAACAGCAACGCAUAGAGACACUGGAGAAAUACCUGUCUGACCUGCCGACACUGGACGAGGUGCAGGCCCAGGCCCAGCAGCAGGAGGAGGUGCAACAGAAAGCCAAGGAUCUGGAAAAAACAGCAUCUCGCUUACAGCAGAGCCUAGAAGAAGGGUUUGCUCUGAUGAAGGAGAAAGACAUCAGCAUUGAAAUGCAGGCCAUGAGGGAGAAGGAGCUGAUGGCAUCUGUACAAAGCCUGCAGCAGAAGGUGCAGCACUGCUUGGACGAUGGGGUGAGGUUGCCCAUGCAGGACCUGAAGCGGCUUGAGGUGGAAAACACACAACUCCUGGAGCAGCAAAACCACAGCAGCAGGCUGAUCGAGCACCAGAAAGAGCGGAUAGAGAGGCUGACCUUGCAGCUGACGGCCACCAGUACAAGACUGCAAAAAAAGAAAGGUCUCUCUCAUCGACAGCAGUCCUCUCUGCUAGAAAAGGAGGACAACCUGACCCCCCCAUCCAGAGCCUUACCACAGCAGCGACAGGUGGAUGAAGGGCUGCCGGUGACUCCCCUGUCCCAUGUGGAGAUGCCUGAAGUGGGCCGGCUGCUCAAAGAGAUGUCCCUGUGUCUGCUGGACCUCCAGGCUCUCUGCAGCAUCCUGGCUCAGAGAGCACAGGGCAAAGAGCCCAACCUGUCUCUGCUUCUGGGCAUGAAAUCACUGAGUGUUUCGGCGGAGGAGAGUGACAGCAGAGAGGUGGUGGAAGAAGAACUGCGGUUUAAGCUGCUGGAGGUGGGCCAGCUCAGGAGAGACAUCGAUGAGCUGAGGAAAAGCAUCUCAGACCGCUACGCUCAGUAUAUGGGUGACAGCUGUGUCUCCCAGUGACACCCAGGACCCUCCAGCUCUGAUGGCUCAGUGUUUGUUUUGACUCUUUUACUUCCAUAUACUUCAGAGAUAACCACAUCAAGAUUAAUAAUAAUAAUAUAUUUACUAUAACAAGAAUGAUAAGGUCCAUAACAAUGCAGGCUUUCCACAGACAAGUGAUGUGUGUCGUCUUCAUGAUGUGGUUUGUACAUGAUAACGCAUAGUGUUAACAUGUCAUGUAGGCCAGUCAUGUUGUUCAGCCUACCCUCAAUAUGGCGUUGUUGGCCUUCACAUUUAUUUUGUUGUGCGCCAGAGCUCGCCCAAAGUGAACCACAAACCUCAGUUUGGUGUUGGACUCAGGACCAGUUUUCUGCAUCACAGCAGUUCACAACUUAUCAAACAUACCAAACUUUCCUGGGUAAAAGCCUCGGAUCCAGAAAGAACUUUAAAAUUAGCCUAAGUGUGAAGACACCUUCCAACAGUGAACUGCCAGAAACUACACAACUGAAGGAAAGCCUGUUGAGAGAGAUGAGGUGUUAGGUCAGACUGGUUUUCUAAACUCAUCUGCUAUGAGUCCUCCGUCCCAUUCGACCACAAAGGUCAUAUGUUCCUACCUCUGAAUAUGACCCACAGGACCGUGGGUAACUUCGUGGUUAGAUUCAGGAAAAAGAUCAUGGUUUGACUUAAAAUAAGUAUUACUGUUACUAAAAAAGACCUGCAGUCUUUUUUAGUAACGUAUGUCAUGUGACACAGAGUCCUGCACAGGUUUAUUUUUUAAAACCCUCACCUGCCAAUACCCGUAAAGCUCAGUACCAGAACCGACCCAUUACCUGUCAUUAUGUCGAAGUCAAAGCCGCACCCGCCCAUACCCAUCACUAAAAGUCCUGCGACCCGACCCGCACCUGUGAUUAAACACACACAGGCUACAGUCCCUCCCAUUAAGCUGGGUUUCUCUUUGGCUGUACUCAAUGGUGGGAUGGUGGAAACAUUCUGUGCAAUCACUACCAGGUAAGAAAACAUUUUAGCAUGCUCCUUCCACCACCAUAAAACCUCAAAACGAUCCUCCUUGGGAGUCUUAAACUUGAUGUAGGCUGCCACCAUAUACUGCGGCCAUAUAUUGCGGCUUGAUAAUAGUAAUUUAGAAUAUUACACAUAAUCUGCACAUCUUUUUCAUUAGUUUUAUUAUGAAAAGUUACACAGCUUUUUGAGGGUUACCCCAACCCGGUGCUGGACUCUGAUGUGACAUCUGAUGUAACGUCAUCACACACGUGUCAUAUGUGCUACAUUAAUAAUAAUAAUAACUGAACGCUGACUUUUAGUUUCACACGGGACACAAACACACAUCUCCUGGAUGAAAGUCCAGUGCAGCAGACUUUGAAGCUCUUAUUGCUAAGCCACCUGACUUCUUCCUCUGCUCCUGUAGUAAUUACUAUAGCCACUAGAGGUCGCCUCCUAGCAACAAACACAGUUAUGACCCGCAAUUUCUGCUUGUGAAAACAACCUAUGUGGUUGUAUUUUGAAGGACAGUCUUAUUUAUCACACACUAAACCAACAUCCUUAUGGCCGCACAACUCAAUAUUUUUAAGUUGACGAUGGAUCAAAUUAUCUGUAAUAAGAAAGGUGUUGCUUGUAGUGAUGAACACAGUGAAUGAAUUCAAACUGUGCAGUUCAACUCAGCUUUAUGGAGUGUUUUAUUUGUACCUGUGUAUAUAAGCAACUGUUAUAAGGUGAUAUGUGAAUAUUGUAUUUACAGCUUGUUAUGCUGCCCCCAAGUGGCCCAAAAAUGUGUUAAUUUCUAUGAAUACUACAAGCUUGCAUUGCUUGUUAAUAAGCUUAAACAAGCAGAGAAAUUAUGGAACGCAGAAGGGCUUUAAACAUCUAUUUUGACGUUUAAUAAUUGAUAAGUCAGAUUUGUUUGUCUUAACAGGUAAAAAUAUAACGUCUUAACACGUCAAAUGCACGUUAAGAGGACAGGAAAUGCCUUGUUAACAAGUACAUUUCUGACCUUUAAAACAGUCAAGCUUCUAUGCCAUUGGUUGGCAUUAACAUACCCACCCCUUUAUGAUGUAGCAACUGCAUUCUAGUGAUAGGAUUUCUCUUUCACUUGUGAGAUCGCAUCAUGUGAUCCAGAUAUUGUAACGUAGACCCAGAAUAGACUCCGCAGAUGUAAAGUUUGGCCAUAGCAAUGCCCUUUAUAAACAACAAGCCUGUUAAUACAAGCAAGUGCUAGCGAGGGUGCUCAUCAACACAACGUGAAUAAAGUGUCAUGGUCGCGCACACACAAACAUUCACAAAACAGUCCAGAACAUGUCCCAUUCGUACCAGAAUAACCAACAACCUCCCCCUAUCCCAAAACACAGGCAAAAGGGCUCUCAAUAACAAGUUUAUAUUCUAAAUUCAGACUUUUUCCAGCGUGUCCGAACUGCAUGCUGGGUAACAUGCAAACUAGCUGCCUGGCAUCACGCCCAGAGUAAAUUAAAGCAAAAAACAAAGAAAUUAGGAACUGGCUCGUUCACUCUAAAGAGCCGGUUCACUCCUUCACUUCAAAAAGCCGGUUCAAAGACUUGACUCGUUUGCGAACGUCACAUUACUACCUUUGGACUCUAGCCUCUGUCGCUGAACUGGAACUGUUGUUUUCCUGUUGUAACAGUACAGAACAAUACACGCAGACGGCAUGCUAAUCCUCUUUCCUGGAGCAAUUAGGAAAUAAAACAUGUGGAACACACCACCAGUUGUACCUCAGACAAUAUAAUAUGAUCAUACCUCUGAUCAUCUCUGACAGCCAUCUCAAGGCAUUGGUUGUUUUCCUUUUUAACCAAGUGCGUUAGCAAUUAGCUUGCCUUGCUCAGUUAGCACAUUGUUAAAUUUAACAGAGAGUGAGCUAGCUCACGGUAAACAGCUACUCCAAAAAGAUGAUUUAUCAUUUCUUAUGACUCAUGAACAGACAGUAACACGAGGCAAACAAUUUACAUAAUUCUUAAUUUCAGCUCCAUGUAAAGUGAAUUAACGUGACGUUUACCAGAUAACGCUCCGCUUGUCUGCCGUAAUGUCACAGUUUACACAUUUACAUCACUGCUGACUUACUAAAUCGGAGUUCUGCCGAGUGAAACAUGACGCUGAAUUCAGCAGCAGACCUCAGUAAUAUCAGUAACAUAAAGUCGUAAAACAAAUAACUUUCGGCAUUCAUUUCAUUUGAUAUUGAAUAAUGAUGGCAAAUCAGUAACACACUCAGAAUAGAUUCAACACUAUGCCCAAUGUACUCUAAUUUAAUUCUGCCCUUUUUGUUCAACAAAAGGUUGAAAGCACACUGAUUUGCAAUUCUUUGAGCCUCUCCAAGAGCGCCUUCUAGUGGGCUCAGAAAAAAAAUAAAUUGCUUCAUGAGGCUUCAUGAGGCCAUCACUAUAUUAAACAUCUUAAGACAUCAGAAAUGUACUUGUUAACAGGGCAUUUUCUGUCAUCUUAAGGUGCAUUUGAUGUGUGGAGAUGUUUUAUUUGUACCUGUUAAGAUGAACAAAUUUACCUUAUUAAUACGAAUGUUAAAAUAGACAUUUAGAGCCCUUCCACAUUCCAUAAUGAAAUCCCACCUCAGCUAUGUGGAUCUCAUGCAUCUCUCCUGUUGGUGGUGCAUAUCAGACUUGCAGAUGUCGGAUAACUGUUAGAAACUCUUAUCUUUAUAAAUUUUAAUGUCUUAAAAGCAAUAUGAAGUGUGCAGAUGCUCUGCCAACCACCUGAUUAAAGCUAACCAUAGGACCCUUUAAUAAUCAAUGGGCAGUUUAUAUUUAACUAAUAACUCAUCAGGUGAUACUAAGCUGUUCCAAGAGGUGUUAUUUGUACAGUGAUCAUGUCAUAUAUCAUUUGUCAUCUGUCACUUGUUAAAUGCUUAUUGUUUCCAAAAUUGUUGGGGGAAUUUUGAGCCAAAGACGCUGAAAGAGCAAACUGAAACAGCACAAUGCACUUUGUGAUAGAUUUUGUCUUCUGUGCAACCACACAGGUAACUAAGCUUAAUCUAUCACACAAACAAACUGACAUAUUUUUUGUCCGUGUGAUUUAAUAAUAUUGAAGUAGUAUAACCAACCGUGAAAACCAAACCAAAGAUCUGUUUGGUUAUUUAGAUGAGUCCACCUGUGGAUGUUUGAACAAGCCACUGGAUGGCUUGUUACUCUGUAUAAGAUAUUAGUCUUUGUUUGAUAUUAUUUCAGUUUCAAUGAAUGCCAAAGGUCUGUGUUUUGUUUUUCUUUGUUCAGAUGGCAAAUAA